UCCGAUCCGAUCACAGAAUAGAACAACUUCCACCACCAUCCUCUGCUGACCAAGUAGUAGGCUUAGCAGUAACAACAAAAAAAUAAAUAAAAUAAAUAGAGAAAAACAACGCCGUUGAACGUGGAAAAUCCAGACGAGAGACAAACUGACAAAGCCACGCAUUCUCUUUCUCUUCUCUUUCAAUCCAAUUCAUCAUUGAAAUUAACAGUCUUUGCAAAAAGUAACAAUUUCCCCUGUUUAUAUUUUCUUCCUGGAAAAUAUGAAAUGAGAGCUGCCCAGUACCAUCAACGUCGGUGUUUUUCUUCUUUUUCAUCUCAUUCUGUCGGCCAUGGCUGCUUCCUUUCUUCUCUUCUCUUCUUUCUCUCCCUUUUUGCUUGUUUCCCAAGUUUUUCUCUCGUUUACGCUGAAGCUAAUCUCACCCAAUCUUCUUUUACUCCCAUCAACCGCGAUCUCUACCAUUCCAGUAAUGAUUUGAUUGAGCAGAUAAAGUCUUUGGUCCAUCGACACCCUGACAAACUCAGUGUGGAAACAAUUCAAGCCAGAAACAAAGGCUAUGAGGCAGAGAUCACUGUUGUUACAUAUUGCCAGAGUAGGAAAGAGAGUGAUGACAAGUCAAAGUUUCGGAUCCUUCUUAGUUUUGGGCAGCAUGGGAGGGAGCUUAUUACAUCUGAAUUGGCAUUGCGGAUCUUGUCAAUCUUAAGUGAAGAACAGUUUCUACCCAAGAUGGACCGAGCGUCCUUAAAUAGCACUCUUGAUAAUGUAGUUAUAAAGGUAGUGCCAAUGGAGAAUUUGAAUGGCCGCAAGCUUGUUGAAGCAGAAGAUCUUUGUGAAAGGAGAAAUGGGAGAGGAGUUGAUCUCAACCGGAAUUGGAGUGUGGAUUGGGGAAAGAAGGAGAAGGACUAUGAUCCAUUUGAAGAGAAUCCUGGAACCGCUGCUUUUAGUGAGCCUGAAACCCAAAUCAUGCGGAAACUUGCUAUAUCAUUUGAUCCUCACAUAUGGGUUAAUGUACACUCUGGGAUGGAGGCACUAUUCAUGCCAUAUGACCACAAAAACAGAACCCCUGACGGAUUGCCAUCACAACAAAUGAGAUUGUUGCUUGAAGAACUGAAUAAUGUUCAUUGCCACAAGCAUUGCAUGAUUGGUUCUGGUGGAGGUUCUGUUGGGUAUCUGGCACAUGGGACAGCAACAGACUACAUGUAUGAUGUUGUAAGAGUACCCAUGGCAUUCACCUUUGAGAUCUAUGGAGAUGGUACAGCCUCGACAAAAGACUGCUUUAAAAUGUUCAAUCCAGUUGACCAUACCACUUUCAAGAGAGUUCUCAAUGACUGGUCUGCUGCCUUUUUCACAAUUUUUAAGCUGGGACCACGUCAGCUUGAUGUCCAUUCCAAGGGUGCUGUAUCUAAUUUGGACAAAUGGGUAUCCAUAGAUGAAUAUCUUGAUGGUUACUUAAUGGGAAGGAGAAAUAGAUAUGGGAAGAAGAUGGAGGUGCUUGAGGUUGGAAUGCAGGAAAUAAGAACAUAUUUCAGACUUUUCUUGUUAUCCUCAGUACUGUUACUGUUCAUGUUCUGUUCUCGAAUAUCAAAAACAAAGGGUGGCAGACAAAUUGUUUCAGCCAUACCGCUUUGACAUGUUACAUGGGAGACCUGCAUGUUACAUUUUUUUGGGGGUCACUGUCAAUCUUUUGAACACCAUAAGUUGGGGAUCUAAAAUUUUGGCGAUCGUGGGAACAAGUCAUUUGCAAUAAAGCCACAA